GUGAGCUGUGAUUGGUCACAGCUUGUCACAUGGUACAAGGCUGUCGUGAAUAGCCUUGUACCAUGUGACCUCUGUGAUCAUUCACGGAUUUCACACGUAGUAAGCAAUGAUGUCAGAAGUGACAUCUUGCUUACUACUCUUCAUGUGAUCACUGAUUGGCCAAUCAGUGAUUAUAUGAUCGGGACCUCACACAGAGGUCCCGUACAACGAUCGGUGUUCCGCUGUGUCCUCCUCCCAGGGAGUGCGCACAAGCAGGGAGCGGGGAGGAUGUUUAUAAACGGCAACCCACCCCUGCACCGCUCCCAAAGCAGGGGGUGGAGA